AUGGCAGAUAAACCAAAGCGUCCACUUUCAGCAUACAUGAUCUGGCUUAACUCAGCUCGUGAGUCGAUUAAGCGAGAGAAUCCAGACUUCAAAGUCACAGAAGUCGCAAAGAAGGGAGGUGAAUUAUGGCGCGGAAUGAAGGAUAAGAGUGAAUGGGAGGCUAAAGCAGUCAAAAUGAAGGAAGAAUAUGAGAAGGCAAUGAAAGAAUUUGAACGUAAUGGUGGAGAUAAGAGCAGUGGAACUGUUUCAAAGAAGCGUGGUAAGGCAGCAGAAAAGAAAAAGCCCGCCAAAAAGAGCAAGAAGAAGGACUCCGAGGACGAUGAGGACGAAGAUGAAUCAGAUUAA